AUGUCGCGCCAACGCCUACGCCCGGCAUGCGCUCCCGAACUGGCUGGUGACGAGCAGAAACCAGUCUGCGCACAAUGUCGCAAAGGUGGUCGAGAGUGUCGCCCCAGCGAGGGUAUCGUCUUUCGCCAUCAGCAGAAUGCCUCGAUGAACAAUAGCGAGCAACAAACGCCAGAAGGCCGAGGCGAUUUGAAGGGAUUCUUUUCGUAUAAGAACACGUUUGAUAAGGAUAGUGUGUGGCUAGAUAUUCCGAAACAUGUCAUCUUCGUCGAUAAUUCCGACCCCUACGCCGAAGAUCUCGAGAUCGCAGAGUCUAGAGCUGUCGCGCUCGCCCAGGCCCGUAAUGCACCAUGGAGCAGUGGCUCUAGGGCCAGCGAUGCAGAAUCCCACGGAUUGGAAGCCUUGUCUGCAGUCGCAAGCCACGAUCGCUUCCCAUACUCUCCCAUGACCCACUCCGUUGUCUCCGACACCGUCUCGUAUCCCUCUCCGAAUCGAUCCCGAAGCAGUGCUAUGCCUCCUCCCGCAUCACCAUCAAUUUCAAUAUCCGCCAGCAGCAAUAACACAAAUAUCAACUUUCUCCUGAACCCAUCACACUCAUUAUCACCACCCAUCGACCCAUCCAUGACCCCGGAUCAGAGGAGCGCCUCGCUACCAACACGUCCGGCCACAUUAUCAAGGUCUCUUGUGGAACAGAGGGAUGGUCAUGCCGAGACGGACUUUGAGAUUGCAUUUCUGCUGCGACAUUAUACCGAAGGGCCAGGGUUAUGGUACGUUGCAAAACAAACGUUCUUUCCCAGAUACCAAGCUGACAAUGGUCGACAGGAUGGAUCUGUUCGACUUAGGAACAUAUUUUGCGUCUUGCGUCCCAGUGCGAGCGAGGUCGAACCCCUCCUCAAAUACGCUGCCUGCGCAUACGCCGCAAAACAAUUGGGCCGUGUCAAGGGCGUCAAGGCGAAGAUGGGCGGCGUAUGUUCUCGACAAGCGAUCAUGGAGGUAUGGUCCGAUCAAGACACUGAUUUCGCCUGGCUUGGAGCGAAGUACUAUGAAAAGGCCAUUCAACUGUUGAUGAAAGAGCUUCAACCCGAUGCAGAGGCCCCGCCUCCGUUAGGCCCACCAGAUGCGUUUGGGCAGUGGCAGGCCAACGAGCUCAGUGAUGACGCAGAGAAUCCGCGUAAACGGCGGCGGCGAGUCUCUAAUAGUAGACUGUCGCGGGGAGUUCAUUCGGAUGAAAUUCUGGCUGCGACGGCCAUUUUAUCGGUAUAUGAAUUUCUCGACGCGACGGGCCCUGCAUGGAGUCGUCAUUUGAGCGGAGUCAAGUCUCUGCUCGAUGUGGCCGAGGUUGGAAUUAUGCCCUCGGAUCAUCAUUCGUCGGAUGGGGACAGUCCGUACCAGUAUAAGAAGUCCCGUCUGUCCAGGGCACGGAAGGCAGCAUUCUGGAAUUUUGCCCGGCAGGAUUAUCUCGCUGCCUUCAUCAACGAAUGCCACACAAGGCUGAACACAGAAGACAUCGUACUGUGGACCCAAGCCGGGUUGCUACUCGACCCAAUGGGCUUUGUGCAACCCAGCAAUACGGGUGAGGCAGGGUAUCCCGAAGGCAACGAUGUAAUGAAAGAAGACCAAAUCUGUAACGCGCUGGUUUGGAUCAUGUCGAAGCUCGUCAAUCACAUUGGCUCGGGUGACAGCCACAAUGUGAACGAUACCCGGUCUGUAGAUAGUGGGCCCCUUGGUGUCUCUCAGCAGGUCGUCUUCGAGCGAUGGUACAGGCUCGAGGCCGAGUUGGACGCAUGGUACAGUGGCCUGCCAGAUACAUUCAAGCCUUGUGCGCGUAUCGAUCCGUCCCGCAUCGCACACUACCGUCCCGCCGAAGAAGCCAAGGACCUCGCCACGCUGCAAGAAAUUUGGCACAGCAUUCCAAUGUGCGCAUCCAGCAUGCAGCACUACCAUAUGGCUCGUAUUCUGCUGUUGAUCAACAAACCGCACGAAUCAACGUCCCGUCGGAGUACCAUCACAUUGCGGCUGCAGUCGUACCGGUCCAUCGAGGCCGAAAUCGGGUUCCACAGUCGCGAGAUCUUGGGCAUCGGACUGGCGCGGCCGGAUGGUGGCGUCAGAAUCAAUUCAUUGCAGCCGCUAUUUGUUGCUGGUCAGUGCCUUACGGAUGCGCGCGAGCGUCGCACGGCAAUUCGAUUGCUGCGAGCUAUCGAGGCAGACUUGGGCUGGGCGACUGAGUACCGGGUACAGCAGUUGCUGAAGGAAUGGGGGUGGGAAGAGAGUUUCCUGCGUUCAGUGGCGGGGACAUGA